UAUAAACGGAAGAUCACUUACGAGUAGGCCACCAUUUUGGAAAAGUAAAUGUAAUGAUGGUUGCCAUAUAUACCUUUGAGUGGAUGCAUUAGAUAAAGAGUUUAUUGUGGAAUUAUUACAAAGCAUCAUGUGGGAUAAUUCUAGAUAUUAGUACCAAUAAGUAAGAAGUCGAUUCUGGACGGCAUUUAGACUGGAAUAAUAAUAGAGCAAUGAAGACAAGUGAAAAUUAAUUUCCGUUGGAACUAUUAGACAACCAGAUGUAUAACCACGUGAACCUGUAGAUACUUGGAUUUCUAGACUGUACGAGAGAAAAUUCCAAGUAUCGUAUUAUACUUGAAUAAUCAAAAACUAAGAAAGGCAGUCCUGCUAUUAAAGAAUGCUUUUAUUACCAGGAGGCCAUGGGAACGAUCCUGAGAGUCUUUAAACAUUGGAAAUAUCCAAACAGUAAGGAAGAAAGUCAAAGGAAUUGCUGGAAUCAGCAGAUGGCAAGAAUGGAAGUCUUAGUUUGAGGAAAUACUUGAAUUAACAUGCAACGAAAAAGAUAAUUCUCUGAACAGUAAAAACUUGAAAAGAUGGACAGCAAGUAAAACAAUUCUCAGUUUGUGGACAAUUAAAAGACCAUUCGUAGUAAAAAUUGGAAUAGCAAGGCAUAAAGGCAGGCAAACGUAGGGACAAGUAUGUGCUAAAUUUAAUCGAACCAAAGGAUCUUGAAUAUCCGUAAUUGCUUCCUGUACUAGACCAGAAGGAAACAAUAAUACAAUUAAAAAACAGCUUCUAGAUUAAGAAAAAAUAGACAAGAUGUCAAUUGCCUAUAUAUCACAUGUUUCAGAGGAAGAAGAGAAUUAUUUGCGAAUACAUUUGUUGAUGACUGGAAUAGCUUCAAGGGCUGUACGAGUUUUAUUUGAUAAAGAAUUUGUUCCUUCCUGUUUAGAUGCUGCAAUGAAAAAGGCAUAUGACAAACUACUUGACUUGAAAAAGAACCGAGUUAUUAACGGAGCUCAAUGGAAAUUACUGUUUCCUCGUGUUGGUGUCCCCGACUCUAAAACGUUUGAUGUCACAUUAAUGGUGGCAUUACUCAGGAAUCUAACAGAAUUACCUCCACCUAUAUCCGGAUAUGACCACUUACCAUUAAGUACAGAUACUACACCUAUGGCUGACCUGGUAAGAAUCAAACACUACAGAAACCGCCUUGCUCAUUUUGAAGACGGAAAGAUCAAAUCUACAGUCUUUAUCACUGCAUGGGAAGAUAUCAGUGGGGCUGUGAAGAGACUUGGUGGUCAAGAUAUGGAUGACGAAUGUAACGAGCUAAGAUCAAAACAUUUAGACCAAUCGACAGUACCUUGGAAUAUUAGAGUUCAAUUCAUUCAGAUAUUGGAUCAGUGGCAGAAGAAUGAUAUCAACUUUGUAGAGACUAAUGCUGCAAAACAUGUGCUUGAAUGUAUCCAGGAAAAUAGUUGUGUCACAAUUACAGCUAGUUCUGGUGUUGGGAAAACAGCAACCCUCCAACAUGUGGUGUUGAAAAUGGCAGAUGACGGGUAUGAUGUACUACUUAUAACCAAUCCACAUGACAUUGUUAAGUUUUAUAAUCCAAAUCAGAAAACUUUGUUUGUUAUUGAUAACUUUUGUGGAACAUAUUCUAUCAACCAGUCUGACCUAAACAAUUGGGAACCAGUUAUGACGCAUAUUGAAGGACUAAUUCAUGAAUCACUCAUAAAAAUUAUUGUGGCCUGUAGAAUACAAGUAUACAACGAUAACAAAUUUAAAUCGUUGUCUAUUUUCAAAACCAACGUAUGCAACUUGUUAUCAGAAGAUUUACGCUUGUCUCAGGCUGAAAAGAAGUCAAUAGCAGAAAUGUACCUUGACACAGAAGCUACAGAGAUUAUCCAAUAUAGUGAUUUAUAUGAAUGUUUCCCUCUUCUCUGUAAACUUUAUCGUGAAAACACUAACCUCAAUAUUACAGAUUUCUUCCGGAAUCCAUUUUCAGUGUAUGAAGCAGAAAUUGAACAGCUCAAACAGAAAGAUUUUUUUGGUAAAUACUGUGCUCUGGCGUUGUGUGUCAUGUUCAAUAACAGAUUGAAGGAGGAAGUGUUAACAGAGGAGAUCGAUAAAGAAACAAAAAAGAUCAUAAAGAGAACGUGUGAGGCAUGCAGAUUAGAUAGAAGUACAUCAAGAUUAAUCUUAUUGGAUGAACUUGAUUCACUUGCAUAUACUUUUUUGAAAAAAGAAGAUGGCGUUUACAAAACUAUACAUGAUAAACUAUUCGACUUUUUAUCUUAUUAUUUUGGGAAACUAAUAAUACAAUGUUUGAUUAAGAAUGCACACAGUUGUUUUGUCAGCGAACGAUUUUUAUUAGAAAAAGAAGAAGACAUGGACCAGUUUAUCACUGUUGUACCACCUAAAUACCAUCAGAUGUACAUACAACGAAUGAUUGAUGACUGGUCUAAUGGUAAACUUUUAACAGUGUUCUCUAAUAAAAAUAUUGACAAACCAGUUUUCAGACACAGAUUACUGUGUUUUGUGAAAAAACUUGAUAUGUCAUACCAGAGACAAUUAGCCCAAACUAAUGACAUCGUACAAAAAAAUAAUGCAUUGUUACAUUGUUGUUUUACAUGUGACUUUCCUUUAAUUCAGUGGUGUUGCUAUCAUGGUGUAGAUGUUAACCAAUGUCGAUUGGAUGGUGUAAGUCCUGUAUUUGUUUCAUCACAGAAAGGUGAUAUUGAAGCAGUGAAGAUGUUAUUGGAAAACAAGGCAGACGUUAAUAAAUGUAAAGACAGUGACGUAUCACCUCUUUUUAUGGCUUGUCAGAAGAAUCAUAUAGAAAUCGUACAACUGUUACUUGAAUACAAGGCAGACGUUAAUAUAUGUAUAGAUAGUGACGUAACUCCCCUGUUUAUGGCUUGUCAGAAGAAUCAUAUAGAAAUAGUAAAGAUGCUACUUCAAUACAGGUCAGACGUUAACAAAUGUAAAGAAAGUGACGUAUCUCCCCUGUUUAUGGCGUGUCAGAAGAGUCAUAUAGAAAUCGUACAACUGUUACUUGAAUACAAGGCAGACGUUAAUAUAUGUAUAGAUAGUGACGUAACUCCCCUGUUUAUGGCUUGUCAGAAGAAUCAUAUAGAAAUAGUAAAGAUGCUACUUCAAUACAGGUCAGACGUUAACAAAUGUAAAGACAGUGACGUAUCUCCCCUGUUAAUGGCGUGUCAGAAGAAUCAUAUAGAAAUUGUACACCUGUUACUUGCAUACAAGGCAGACGUUAAUAUAUGUACAUAUAGUGACGUAUCUCCCCUGUUGAUUGCUUGUCAUGGGAAUCAUAUAGAAAUAGUAAAGUUGUUACUUGAAUACAAGGCAGACGUUAAUAUAUGUAAAGAUGGUAAAUUGUCUCCCCUGUUUAUGGCUUGUCAGGAGAAUCAUAUAGAAAUAGCAAAGCUAUUACUUGAAAACAAGGCAGACGUUAAUAUAUGUACCGAUAGUGACGUAUCUCCCCUGUUUAUUGCUUGUCAGAAGAAUCAUAUAGAAAUAGUAAAGUUGUUACUUGAAUACAAGGCAGACGUUAAUAUAUGUAAAAAUGGUGAAUUGUCUCCUCUGUAUAUAGCUUGUCAAGAGAAUCAUGUAGAAAUCGUAAACCUGUUACUUGAAUAAAAGGCCGACGUUAAUAAAUAUGUAAAAAUAAUAAUGUAUCUCCCUUGUUUAUGGCUUGUCAGGAGAAUCAUAAAGAAAAC